AUGUCAACCAUGGCAACAGCCCUCGGCCUGCACACCACAAGGACGCAAGGGCUCCCCGUCGCGAAGUACGCCCCGUACUACGCGAUCUUCCCCUGCAUCUGGGCACACGCGAUCGUGUCCUCGCGGGCCCUCAAGAUCGGCUACGGGAUGGACAACAACACGAGCCCGCGCGAAGACGUCUCCCACUACGGCGAAAAGGCCGUCCAAGACGGCAAAAUCACGCGUCGCGAGCUCAACCUGCUGAAACGCAACGAAGCCGCGCACGCAAACUCUGUCGAAAACUAUCCUGUGUUCCUCGCGGCGGUGAUAUUUGCGACCGUCGGCGGUGUGGGUAAUGCGAGGGUCAACCGUGCGUGUGCAGUUUAUACGCUCGUGAGGGGCGUGUAUGUCGCGGCGUAUUUGGUGACUGAGAGGCGGAGGUAUUCGUGGGUUAGGAGUUUGGCGUGGUGGGCGGGGAAUUUCACGUGUUUUUACCUGUUCUGGCAGAGUGGGAAAACGCUGGCUUGA